GGUGGCUGCUGAUUACUGCCGGGAAGUUUCUUCUCUGAGUUUUGCGAAGCGUAACCCUUCAAACAAGGUUGGCUGAAUCAAAGUCAACAAAAUUUGGACAUACCCAGGAAUCCAAUCAUCUGUCUCUCUUUCUGUGAAUGGAAUUCAAUAACUGGGUAUCGCCUCCGAUUCAACAACAUCUCUAUCUCUUUCUCUCUCCUGCAGAAUCCUUCUGAGGAAGAGAAGAGAUUUGCUUCUGGUUUUUCUGUUUCAUCACUGUUACUGGAAUUGGAAAGGAAGAGGAGAAAUUUUUUGUGGGUAGGAAGAGGAGAAGGGAAUUAAGAGAUCAGAAAAGAUGAAUGACUUGUUUACAGGCUCCUUCAGAAGGCAGGCGAAUGGCAGGGAUCGAGGGGAGGAUCUGGAGUCGGGGAGGGCGCCCCCGAAGAAGGGGAGGGAGGUGCAGAUGUCCCCCAUCGCCGGAAAGGACACCGUCAACCUCGACAAGUUCUUCGUAGACGUGGAGGGGGUGAAGGAGGAGCUGCGGGCGGUGGAGCAGGUCCACCGGCGGCUUCAGCAGCUGAACGAGGAGAGCAAGAAGGCCUACAGCGCGAACGCGGUGAAGGAUCUCCGGAAGAAGAUGGAGGCGGACGUGACGGAGGCGCUGAAGAGGGCGAAGGUCAUCAAGAUCCGAUUGGAGGCGCUGGACAGGGCGAACGCCGCCAAUCGCUGCCUGCCGGACUGCGGCCCCGGCAGCUCCACCGACCGCACCCGGACGUCGGUCGUCAACGGGCUGCGGAAGAAGCUCAAGGACACCAUGGACGACUUCCAGGAGAUGAGGGGGGACAUGUCCCGGGAGUACAAGGAGACGAUCGAGCGGAGGUACUUCACGGUGACGGGGCAUCAAGCCGACGAGGAGGCCAUCGACCGGCUGAUAUCCACCGGCGAGAGCGAGGCGAUGUUCCAGAGGGCGAUCCAAGAGCAGGGGCGGGCGCAGAUCAUGGACACGAUGUCGGAGAUUCAGGAGCGGCGGGACGCCGUUAGGGACAUCGAGAAGAACCUGCUGGAGCUGCACCAGGUGUUCCUGGACAUGGCGGUGCUCGUGGAGGCGCAGGGGGAGCAGUUGAACGACAUAGAGAGCCAUGUAGCCAGGGCGAGCUCCUUCGUCCGCACUGGCGCCGAUCACCUCACGACCGCCAGAGUCUACCAGAAGAGCACCAGGAAGUGGACAUGCAUCGCCAUACUCCUCGUCAUCGUCAUCAUCCUCAUCAUCCUUCUCCCCAUCCUUCUCAAGAAGAAUUGAGACAUGCCCACGAUCGAUUGCGGGUUCUUGAAUCCCUGCUGCUCUGUUUCUCCUUUUCCACCUUUUUGGGUAUCACGAGUUAUUUUUUUCUGUUUUUUGGAGGAUUGAUUGGUUUAUGUGCUUGUGAUUUGUGAUUUUUUUCUUGUGUAGUAUGUAAAUUUCUUCAUCUUCUUCUUCCACCAUGACUGUUUCCAGCA